UUACAUAAUAAUAGCCAUUUCCUGUUAGAUUUAAUGACAGAACUAACAGAAGUACACCUAAUGGACACCUCAGGCCAUGUGUACCGCCAUGUGUACCAAAUAAUUAAAUAAGUAAAUAUAUAUUUAUGUUUUUAAUUUAUAUUUUAGGAAAAAUGCUAAACCCUUCUCCCUCCUAUUUUCUUCUUCCUUCUACAUAACACUGUCGCCGCCCACACCUUCUCCUUCACAUUCAUCAUCUCUGCCAGCCCCUCCACUCGCAGCCCCUCCGCCUCCUCCAUCCCGAAUUGCUCCGCCUGUACCUUCCACAGUUGCUUCCACUUGAACGCGUCCAUGUUCAUCACAUUAAAUCCCCUGCUUCUCAGUCUUGGCUAACGGAAAUUUUAACAGAAACUUAACAAUUGGCUAAUAUUUCGUAUUUUGAAAGAUUUGGCUAAUAUUUUAAAAUGGGAGAAAGAUUUGGCUAAAAAAUAGUAUUUACCCUUUUUAAAUCACCAAGCCAAUGCUCUUCUAUGCAUUGGAUCGUGGAAACCUUUGUACUUUCCGCAUUGUAUGCAGAAUUUAUGCCAACAUUUUAACUCGAAAAUUAGUUAUUUUAUAUAAAAUAUAAAUUUAUUAUCUUUUUUUUUUUGCUAAAAAAUGAGUGCGUUCAAUGCACCCAACUCAAAAACUAGUCUUAAGCUGUCGGAUUUUGAAUUUUAAUUUGUAUAAUUAGUAUAAUAUGAUGAUAUAACAUAUGAUAACAACUAAUUAACGGAUUAUCCUAAGCCCGGGCCUCCAAUUUUUAGUUCUAUCCCUAAAUCCCAAAUUGUAAACCCUAACCCUAAAUUUCUAAACUCUAACUCCUUCAAGUUAAAGUAAAUCUUUAAUGGUUUUGUGUAAAUUCAUGUGCGUUAUUGUUCAUCACAUCAUAAAUGAUGAUUGACAUCAUUUUGACAUAAAUCGCAUGUUUAAAAUGAUGGUUAUGAAACUAGUGCAUUGAAUGCACCAAAAAAGGUGAGUGCACCAAAGUAACCACCCAUUUACUAUAAGAUAUACCCUUUGAAAUAUUUAUCAGCAAAUAAACACGUUCGUUUUUUUGAAUACAUGUUGCUACAAUGUUGUGUACUUAGUAAGAAUAUUACAACGUAUUAAGUAAAAAUUUUCUCGUUAACCAUUAUAUCCUGAGAACUUAGAUUAUCUCCCACCUUUCUUUCGUUCACGACUAAUUUGUUUUCAAUACAAUUAGGAUAGACACCGAAAGUUUCACCCAUAACUGAUUCAGUAGACUGCUAUACCGUAUUUUAUGCGGUAAAAAGAGAUAGAUAAAAAGUGGAAAACUUAACACAAAUUUCAUGCAUAUUUUGAUAUUUUAUUAAUCACUCAAUGGAAUGGAUGGUACAACACCAAGCCAAUCCUCACCCUUUAUAUUCUAUAGGAUCGUGUGGAAACCUUUGUACUUUUCCGCAUUGUCUGCGGAUUUCAUGCCAAUGCAAUUUUGGAAUAAAAGCAUAUUUCUUGAUCAUUUUUAAAAAAUGAAAUGAGAUGUACAUAUAUACGGUCCCAUCGAGGUGCUUAUGGUUGCAGAAUACUAGUUUAUCCAAAUCAAUGGCUCCUCCAAAUUGCUGCUCUCCUUCUCCUCUGCCGUUAAUCCAAUUUUUGGUCGGAAUCCUCUCCGCCGUCUUGUUAACCUUCCCGAGGCCAGCCUCCGCCGGCGGAUGCUUCAAAUCAGUGAUCAGCUUCGGCGACUCCAUCGCCGACACCGGGAAUUUCUGCAAGCUCACGCCCGUUGGGUCCAUGUGCUCUCCUCCCUACGGCGAGACCUUCUUCCACCGGCCCACCGGCCGCAGCUCCGACGGCCGUUUGAUCAUCGACUUUAUAGCGGAGUAUUUGGGUCUUCCUCUCGUGCCGCCGUACUACGGCGGGAACCAGACGGAAUUCGGCACGGGGGUGAAUUUUGCGGUGGUGGGGGCGACGGCGGUGGCGUCGGACGUGCUCGUGAACAGAGGGAUCGGAUAUAUGGCGACCAAUGUUUCCUUGGGAGUUCAAUUGGAGCUGUUUAAGAAAUUGUUGCCGUCUCUCUGUGGCUCCUCCGACGCCGUUUCAGGGUGCAGCAACCUCUUCAACACUUCCCUUUUUCUGUUGGGGGAAAUCGGCGGCAACGAUUACAACUACGCAUUGGGUCUCAAAAUGACCACCGCAAGAAUCCAAGAACUCGUUCCCCUUGUCGUCAAUUCCAUAGCCUCAGCUCUCCAGGAAAUAAUCAAAUUAGGCGCCACCACAAUCCUGGUCCCGGGAAACUUCCCCAUCGGAUGCAUCCCCUACAUCCUCACCAACUUCCAGAGCUCCAAUCCGCAGGACUAUGAUUCCUCCACAGGUUGUCUCAUCCUAUUGAACCAGCUCGCGGAGCUCCACAACGAGCAGCUCCAGAUCGAGCUCAACCGCUCCAGACAGCUCCACCCGCACGCCAACAUCAUCUACGUCGACUAUUACAACGCGAUGAUGCGCAUCUACGCGUCCCCGAAACGUUUCGGGUUCACGGGGGGAGUUCUGAAGGCGUGCUGCGAAGGAGGAGGAGGAGGCGGUGGAGGAUCGAUACUUGGCGGCGGUCCGUCGAUGAGGCCGUGUGGCGAACCUUCGACGUAUGUCAAUUGGGAUGGGAUUCACUUCACUGAAGCAACUUACAGGCUGAUUGCAAAGGCGGUGGCAGAGGAAGGUUUGUUUACCAGCCCUGCUUUCAAUCUCUCGUCAUCAUCAUCAUCAUCGUCUUGUGUUCGUGGUGUUAAUGGGAAUGGGCGGAAUUCGACUUUUCCCGAUCGGGAUUCGCUCCCCAAUCGCGGCGUCGGGUUGAUUGUGCAACCUGCUGCAGCAAUGGUUCUGGUAAAUCUGUUGUUUCUGGUGGUUGUUGGAGGAAUGAUCACCGGCGGCAAGCUAUAGCUUAUAUAUAUGUGGAGUAGUACCUUUUUUUCCCCUGUUGUAAUUUACUCGUUUGUAUCGUCCUUAGAAAUUGUUGUAAUUAUUGAAGUAUGAAAAUUUUAACCGGAGAGGUUUUUUGUCCUAUAGAUUGUUUGCAUAUUGUGAUUGCUCAUUGGAGUUGAAGUUCUAAUGAUGGGGCGGGUAAUCGAGAAAGUUAGAGAAUGAUAGGAUAUACAUAUUUACGUGAUUCGUUAAUUGGAUGUUUGUUCUCAAGUCUACUAGUAAAAGAGACUAGUUUCACUAAAGUGAAUAUUAAAAA